CCGAUUAGUAAGCGUUUUAACGUUGAAGAGUUAACUAACGGGCAACAAUUAAGAGCAAGCUCUCCUUUUUUUCCGUUUUGACUUUAGUUUAAGUUUACCUUAUUUUGUUGUUGUUGUUAUUAACGCCGUUGUAGUUGUUGUUAUUAGUAUUGCUAUUAAAUAUAGCGGUGUGCUUAGUUUUCACGCAACACAAUCAAAGGACACCGGAAAUCGAGUAACAAGGCUAUAGCGGGCAACAUGCGCCAUUGGCCCAACGUCGGCUAAGGGUUCUCUGCAGAUUUCUCAAUGACUUAAUCCCUUGACGUUCUACAUGCAUUAAACGCUGACAUAUGAUUUACAAUCAAAUGAGAGAGACUUACUUUGUUUUUUGAAAUUACCCCUACCCCCCCUUCGACCCAAUAAAAAUAGAACUGUUAUUACGUUGCUUGCUAUAUGCCAUAAACGCAAAGAACGCGAUAUAAAUAAAAUUUCGUCAUAUAGCGCAAGCAAACGCCAUCAGCCGCACUGGAUUUACUGAAAAUUCCAUUAGAAAAAAAGAAAAACAAUAAUAAUAACGAAACAAAACAAAUCCCAUCCGCGUUACACCCUCACCGUUCUAGUGGGUUGGCUUUAGAAAAAAAAGAACCCUAAAUAAAACAGACAUCUUCGCAUUCAAAAUGAUUCAUUGUGGCGAAUGACUUCACACCAGAAGGGGGCAAAAAUUGAAACAUUUUUGGCGAAUUUUGCAAAACCAAACCAAACAAACGCGAAACGUGAAACGUGAAACAUUCAGCGCAACACAACAAACCACAAACCUACUCUACCCAACUCUACCAUACCCCAAAUCAACUACUAAAGGUCGUUUGGUUGCCUCAAUGCUGUUGCUGCUUUUUUUUUGCCAUAAAAAGUGAAACGAAUAACGAAAGAAAAAUCAAAAGUCAUAAAUAUUUGACUAAAUAUCAUCGGAAUUAAUUUUUUUUAGAACAUUCAGUCCAUAAAUAUAGCGUUGUCUUUUCGCUAGCGGUUGAAGAAGACCAUUCAACCGGCCGCCUGUUCGUUCCGUUGCGUUGUUGGUUGGUGUUGACAGUUGUUGAGUGUAUCGCGCUGCCAUAAUGGUGUUUAUCUUUGAUUUGCUAAAACCCUUGCUGGUCUAUGGGUUUGUUGUCAUUUUCACCAUAUUGACACAUAUAUUCAAAACUAUCGUUUAUCAAGUGCACUCCAUAAAUAUUUGAAACUAAUGUUCGUUACGUAUGAACCGAACAAUCUAUCUGUCGAAAUGAAAUGCUUUGCUGGCCGUGGUUUUAUCGCAAAUUUGUUGCUUUAUCGGUGUGAACUUAUAAAACAAAGAUAAAAAAUAUGUUCUCGAAAAGUAUUAAGAGGAUGAAAAACACAUGGCGAAAGUUGCCUGAUUUAACAGCUAAGCUGAGGGUGAUUGAUCGUCAGAGGCGAUAUCCAUCUUUGUCUGACUGCUGUGGCAUGCGGCAACAAAACUCGGCAUGUUUAAGGUGACAGCGAUAAGGAAUCGUUGGGGAUUGGUUAGCGAGCGAAACAUGGUUUUGAAUAGUCAUAGCGAAGUGCAGCAGUAACCACAUCAAAUCGACACAAAUCACCGUCCACUUUGUCAGAGACGCAAGCAAAACUAUCACCCAUAGCUCAUUCCUCAUUAUCUCGGUUUGGGCUGGGUGUGUGAGAAAGGUGCCCUGCGCGCACUACAUGUAAUAAAGAAAAAAUAUUCUUUUUUUUUGUCAUAGAGACUUUUGUGGGCCAAUCUAUAACGACUAAUACUUAACAAUGUGCUGAUAAUUUUGACAGUGGAAAUAACCAACAAAGUGUAAUCGCUGUGCAAGUUUCAUUCACUACACGGCAAAUGCUUUAAUGGUCAGGCGGUCAGGCGGUUAGACAGUUAGCUAGUCAGCUGUUGAAGGUAAGGGUGCUUGGCGUUGCAGUACGUCUGAGUGUGUGCCGGUGUGUGUUCGUGUGUGUGUGUGUGUGUGCUGGAGACAUUAUUAGCAACACUUUUAUGGGACACACUUCAGUCAUACGAAUUCUGUGGCCAUGUUUGCCUCGUCCCAAGGAGAACCGCUUUUACGGAAAAAUUCUGUUGCCUCUAUUGCCAACGGCAGCAGCCAUACUCGUGUCAAUGUGACAGAAAUCGAACGCUACGAGCAAAUGCAACAUCGAAGAUGUAAAUUGAAAUUAUUUUUGGCCAUAUUGGGGGCUUUAAGUGUAACGGGUUUCCUGGCAUGGCUGUAUAUCGAUCAUACAGUGCCCGAAUUCAAUCAAUAUCGUCUGGUGAAAAGUUUUGCGCAAGCCGAUCUAAACUCCAGCUCUGGCUCCAGCAGCAACAGCAACGGCAAGGAUCAAUUGCGCAUUAUACUAUUAUGGAAUAGUUUUUUUGGUGACACCCGCUGGUCCCUGCCCGAUGAUGUGGUGGAUCCUUCGUACUUUCGUCAGGAUCUCAAGUGUCCCAUUUCUCAGUGUGUCAUUACCAAUAAAAGGGAUCUGUUUCCCCAACUCAGUAUGUACGAUGCCAUACUGUUCCAUACAGCCCAACCGUACUCUGUGAUAAAUCGUGUGCCUACUCAGCGUAGCCGGCGCCAAUUGUAUGUUUUUGCUCUCAUGGAACCGCCGGGUGAAACCAAACACAUACUCUCGGAUGAGAAUGAUUUCUAUAAUUUAACCAUGACAUAUCGCACGGACUCGGAUAUUGUGUGGGCCUACAAUUGGUUUGUGGACAAGGAGACAAAUAUGCGCAUUCUGCCCAUGGAACAUCCUAAAUGGCGCCAAGUGCCAAUGUUCUAUAAUGACACCACCAUAUGGAAUCUAUGGCCUAAGAAGACAAAAAUGGCUGCCUGGUUUGUUUCACAUUGCAAGACUUUGUCGAGACGUGAAGAGCUUACUGCGGAGUUGCAAAAAUACAUGGAUGUAGAUGUGUAUGGCAAAUGUGGGACAUUUAGCUGCCAACAAGGUUCCCCAGAGUGUGAUAAAUUGCUCGAUGAGAAAUAUAAAUUCUAUUUUUCAUUUGAGAAUUCCCUAUGCAUCGACUACAUAACCGAGAAGCUAUACCGAAUAAUGGGACGCAACAUUAUUCCAGUGGUCUUUGGAGGCGCUGAUUAUAAACAAUUCCUGCCGCCUUAUUCUUACAUCAAUGCUGAAGAUUAUGCUACACCUGCAGAAUUGGCCAAUUAUUUGAUGUACCUGUCCGAUCAUCCAAUCGAGUACAUGCGUUACUUUUGGUGGCGCAAACACUACGAACUGCAAUUCUAUUCGCCAUUUUGUGAACUAUGUCAAAGGUUGCAUCAACCGCAGUAUUUUUUGAAAACCCAAAGCUAUAGUAACAUUGAGCAGUGGUGGCUACAGGGAAGUUGUCGCUUUAAGUCACGGAUUGCAUUUUAGUUUCUAAGAAUUUUAGAAGUUAGCAAAAAUAUAUUAACUAGUUUUUUUAUUAAUCUUAUGAUAUAAUUUCACUCUAGUAUUUUCUUACAGUCUUAUAUUUACUAAAUGUAAUUUUCUACAUAAAAAAACAAUUCUAAAAGUCUUAGCUUGUAAGCAUCAAUUUCGUGUGAUAUCUAUUUAAAGGGUGAUUUUUUUGAGGUUAGGAUUUUCAUGCAUUAGUAUUUGACAGAUCACGUGGGAUUUCAGACAUGGUGUCAAAGAGAAAG